AUGCCUCAACAAGCCCUGCUAAUUGGCGACAUCACCCACGCUCGCAAGGAGUGGGAGGACUGCUCCUCGUUCGUGGAGCUCCUGGAAUUCCCCACCGGCACUCGCGAGGAUUUCCUUGCCAACGUGAAGAGCGGCAAGUACGACAAUGUCGUUGCCAUCUACCGCAGCAACGACUCCACCAAGUUCACCGGUCCCUUCAACGCAGAGUUGGUUCAGGCAUUGCCGAGCAGCCUGAAAUACAUCUGCCACAAUGGCGCUGGAUACGACAACAUUGACGUAGCUGCAUGCACUGCGAAGGGCAUUUCCGUUGCCAACACGCCACAAGCCGUGGACGACGCAACAGCAGAUGUAGCCCUCUUCCUCCUGCUCGGUGCUCUGCGCCGCAUCACCAUUCCGUUCACCGCGGUGCGCCAAAACCAGUGGAGAGGCUCUGGCUUCGGCCUUGGCCACGACCCGCGCCAGAAGACGCUAGGCAUCCUGGGAAUGGGCGGCAUUGGCCGGGCUGUUGCCGUGCGUGCGGCGGCAUUCGGCAUGAAGAUCCACUACCACAACCGCUCGCGUCUCCCCGAGAGCACCGAGGCCGCCGCCGGCAACGCCAAGUACGUUUCUUUCGACGAGCUCCUCAGCACGUCGGACGUCAUCAGCUUGAACCUUGGCCUGAGCGCCGCGACAAGACACAUCAUUGGCUCCAAGGAGUUUGCCAAGAUGAAGGACGGUGUUGUUAUCGUGAACACGGCAAGAGGGCCUGUCAUGGAUGAGGCGGCGCUGGUUGACGCUCUGGAUUCUGGAAAAGUGUGGAGCGCUGGCCUGGAUGUGUUCGAAGAGGAGCCCAAGAUCCACCCCGGACUGCUGAAGAACGAGAACGUUGUGCUGUUGCCUCACAUCGGCACCGCAACAUUCGAGACCCAGCGCGAUAUGGAGCUUCUUGUGCUGGAGAACCUGAGAUUAGGAGUGCAGGAGGGUACCCUGAAAACGCAAGUUGCAGAGCAACGCAAGUGA